UUCUCCCAGAGCGCAGCGCAGAGCAGAGACUCACACGGACCGCGCGGAGGACACAGACCGGGCCACACGGUGGAUUUGUAUCGUUUUCGUCGCUACGGACUCAUCCAUCUGUCACAGACACCCUGGCCACAUGAGCAGCGACAUAUAGCCGGGACGUGUUGCCAGGAAGCACCAGGUCGGGCCGUUCCAGUGGAGAUAGUAGCCAUUCUUCACAUUUGCCCAAGUGAAGUCGGAGGUGUCUCUCUUCUCCAUCCCCAGCUAUAGCUACCUGCUGCUGCCGCGGAGAGGGAACUACGUCCAGAGAGCCCUGGAUCGCUUGAGAGCAUCCUUCUUAUGUUUUAGGGAUUUUAGGAUCUCUCAAAUAUUAACAUUUUUGCACACCAAGUGUGUUAUUUCAUCUCUUGUCCUUUUUGGGAUAUAUACAGUGAUCUUUUUUCUAUUUAAGUACAUAAAAGUGCCUUAAUAACUGGUUAUAAUCCAGUGUAACUGUGGCAUUGUCACCAGACCAGAGACGCGCAACAGGGAGAAGACGAUUAUUACCCGCGUUAGAGCCCAGGCAGGAUUACUGGUUCCCCACCCUCCCGCGAGCUGCAACCAUGAGCCAGGCGGAUGUGUCGACUUGCUCCGCGCCGCAGAGGGUUUUCCAGGAGGCGGUGAAGAAGGGAAACACCAAGGAGCUGCACUCUUUGCUGCAGAACAUGACAAACUGCGAGUUCAACGUCAACUCCUUCGGGCCAGAAGGACAGACGGCCCUCCACCAAUCUGUCAUUGACGGCAACCUGGAGCUGGUAAAACUGCUGGUGAAGUUUGGCGCAGAUAUCCGGCUGGCCAACCGGGAAGGGUGGAGCGCGUUACACAUCGCCGCCUUCGGUGGCCACCAAGACAUUGUGCUAUACCUCAUCACCAAGGCCAAGUACUCCUCUGGCACCAGGUGAUCUGUCUCUGCUGUCAGGUAAAAUAAGAAAAUAAAAAAUAACAACAAGUGGAAAAUAAAGCUGCAACACACGGGAAAGCCAGGCUCUUGAAAAAAAGCAACAACAAAACACUGCCAUCAUCUACAAAGUUGUGCCAAAUUAUAUAUAUAUACAUAUGUUUAUAUAUAUAUAUAAAUAUCAUAUAUAUAUAUAUGUAUAAAAGAAAUUAAAAUAGACCUGCAGAAUAAUCUUCCCUCAUUGUAAACCAAACGGGGUCCUCUCUGCACUCCUGAGUGAAGUAUCGCAUGGUUCAUACACAGCGCUUCAACACGACUCUUUAACAAAAGAAACGCCAUUUCGGUGAGUUUGUUGGUACUAAAGCUUUCCUCUUGAAUGUGUAUAUUAGAUCUUGUCGUCCAAUAUAAAAGAAGCCGGUGUCUGUGUAUCACAUGUGUGUGUGUUUGGACUCCAGAGUGCAGAUGGCCCAGUUUCUUUCUAUCCAUGACCUCCCAUCUCCAGUAUAAAGUGGAAUAGUUUCUUCGUGGGGAGGAGGGUUGUUGCUCCUCAUUGUUCACCCGUUUUAAGUUAUUUUAUAUGAAACACGGCACUUGAUACUAAAUGGCUGCAUGCUGGAAUAUCUGAAGAGGGAAGACGCAUGAAUAAGAGAAGAAGGGUUGCCCUCUGUUGGCUCCCAGAGGUUUCGUUAUGUUUGACUCAAAGAGCGGCAUUAUGGCUAUCCAACACGCUUUCACAUGUGUUAUCAUUACGUAACAACAAGUGGCUCCAUCAUUGUUGUGAAGUACUGUACACAAUAGCUUUACUUUUUUUUUUUUUUUUUUUUUUUAUGAGAAAAAAAGAAAAGUGACAGUAGCUGAAUGCGCUCAUGCAGAUUUUCGCCAUGCUGGCGUCCAACUUGUCAGGCCAGUUGCGACCACUUUGCCGAUGGUCAUUGUGUAAGAAAAAAAAAACCGACAAAAAAAACGCUGCUUUCGCUUUGUAUCAAAAAAAAAGUCGCAUUUGGAAUUCACUUUAUAAUCUCCUUUCAGUAUUUUAUUAACAUCCUGGUCAUCACUGUGAAAGCAGGCUGGGUUUUUAUUUUAUUUUAAUUUUUUUAUUUUAUUUAUGAAGGUACAUUGAGAAGAUGCGGUUUUUUUUUUUACAUGUUGUGGUUCUUCUUUAAAAAAACCAUAUAUGAAUAUCUAGGGCGACUCAAGCUGCUUCAGACUCGAGGUAUAAAGUGUCCCGUGUGGAGGUUGACCUGCCACUCCCCCCACCCACCCACACACACGCACACCUACACACACACACACACACACACACACACACACACACACACACACACACACACACACACAGAAACCCCUUAUGUCAAAGCCUGUUGACCCAAGAGGACUUUCUCCCCUUCCUCCCAUUAAAAGGACUUUGUUUGGUUGCCUUUUGCCAGCUACCUCGACUAUAAAGUAUUCUCAAGUUGUUCAGCUCUCUCACCACUCUGCCACGUUGUUCGGAGUCUGAGGAGGUUCACAAUUUGUCUGUGAUCAUCCGCAUGCCAGUAUGUUUUUUGUUGUUUUGUGUCGCCUACCAGACCGAUGGACUUCAGUACAGAAGAUGCAAUGAACCCAUUCCUGCACACUCAGUCGGGGCAGUUUAUUUUAAACUACAACCAAACCAAUUCUGUCGAGCAAUGCAUCGUUUUGCCUCCUCUGCAUGGGAGUCUGUGUCUCUCUCUCUCUCUCUCUCUCUCUCUCUCUCUCUCUCUCUCUCUCUCUCUCUCUCUCUCUCUCUCUCUCUCACACACACGCACACACGCACACACUGCCAUUGUUUCCCUAUCAGCCUCCACUCUAUCUCUGUCUUCAUCAGCCUUUGUUUUUUGUUUUCUAGGGUUUUUCUUCUUCUUUUUUCAGUCGUACACAAAAAUGGAAUUGUAUCACGUGACUUAUAAAUGCAGGGAGUUUUAUUGCACAAAAAUGCGGAGCCUUGUGCGCCCCCAGUGUUUUUCGGGGGUAACUGCAGGAGCCAAGGCUUUGGAAUAGUUCCUACUACUGAGCAGGACCCUCAUACUGUUGGACGAUGAAGACUUCAAAUAGCAACAACAGGAUGUCACGGAAUAGAAAAGGAAAAAUAAAAUGGUUUCAUAAACUUGCCUGCUGCAUUUUGAAAGUCAUGGCACCCUAACAUUUGUAUCAAUGCUGCUUGUAUGUUUUUUAUUUUUUAUUUUUUUUAUGUUGAUGUUCAUUUUUUUUUUUAAGCCGACUGCUCAAAUGGCCAACAGUUGUAAAGAAGCUUCCCAUCAGCACUGGUUUACCACAUGAGAAGCUGUUGAACGAGUGUGUUUUUUAAAUUGAAGUGUGUUUGUGUGAUUCUGAGCUUCUCAUGGGGGGGCUGUCAUUAAAACAGUCAUCCAGACUGCAAACGUCCCUGGAACAACCACAAGUAAUCUAAAACGAUAGAUCCACCACAUCAAGAUUUAGAUUGGUAUCAGGCAACAAAUUGAAUAUGCAUCACUUGUCUUAAACUUGAUGUUUUUGACAAUGUUUUUCCUUUUUUUUUUUUUUGAAUAUUGCACUGAUGACUGUUGUUGAAAAGUUGACUUAUGUGUCAACAUUUUCUUUUUUUUCUGAAUAGAAAAAAACAAACACAACAAAAUACUAUUGUAUAAAUAUAUGCUCCAGGUGAUAAAGUCCUAAUGUGUGUGUUACUUUGUGGAAAAAACAUUAUGGUUUUUUUCUCACAAAGAUGCGUGUAUCUCUGUGAUUGGGUGUAUGUAUAUAUACAUAUGGAUAUAUAUAUAUAUAUCAACGCUGAUGAUGAUGAUGAUGAUGAUAUCUGGGAGCACUUUCUUUUUGAAGUGCUGUCUUCCUGUUUUUUUGAAAGGGGAAUAAUACAUUUGAUGGUAAGAUCAUUGUAACAUGGUUAAAUUGCACGGUUAUGUGGUUGUUUGGCUUACCAGGGUCAUAACAUUUAUGACGUAAGGAGCCAUCUGCCGGAUUGGUGUACAUGUUUGCUGACUUCUUUGGACCAAGUUGUGUUUCUGGUCUUGCUUCAUUUCAAGCAAGAGGAAACGGCUGAUUUUUCACGAGUGAUGCAGAUGUUCCAUCAUGUUUCAUUUUGUUUGUAUUCUUUUAUUUUUGAACGUUUGUAACACUGUGAUGAUGACGUGAUGUCAUGUGGAGAUGAGUGCUGUAUUAUUUUUGUACAUUUGUGUACAAGCCAGUAAAGAAAUCAUUAAACUCAAAAAUCUG